AAAGUGUUUGCGUGAGGGCUUUCUUGCCCGCAGCUGCAGCAAAUAAAUAGCAAAGCAAGAUCAUUGUUACAAUGCCAGAAAUCAUUCCCUUUGCUGCGCCAGUCUCCGUGAAUAAAACAAGCAGCAUCUACUUCGUUUGAAGAGGAUUAUGUCCCUCCCGACGCCGACCUCCUCCCUGAGUGGAAGAAGAUAAUGGGUUGCUUACCCGGGAAGAUUGCUGUGAAGCCCGCCUGUGAGGAGAACAAAAUGGACUUUCCACCGCAAAAUGUGUCCUCCAACAACCCGAACGCGCCGACACUUCUUACCCCAACCGUGUCCAUCACCACUCCCUCGGAGGUGCACCUCCACGGCAACACGAACAAGCACGAAGCGGGGGUGUUCCUCCUUGGGAACCAACAACUACAGAACGCGGCAGUUGGGGGUGGGACUGUGAACGUGAAGCCGGGAGCUGGUGGAACAAUCAACAUGCCAAAUAACCAAAAUUCAACAUUGAACCAAAACUAUGCCAACAACAACAUCGUGAACAAGUCUGGCGCGUUGAGCACCGCCGCCGGUACGAACCCGUCCAAUGCGAGUUC